UGCAUAGGAGAAGAAAUGGAUAACAAAGCAACAAUUCUGAUGCAAAGGUAUGAACUUGGCCGUAUGCUUGGCCAAGGAAACUUCGCCAAGGUUUACCAUGGAAGGAACUUGAAGACAGGACAGAGCGUUGCCAUCAAAGUAUUCAACAAAGAGAUGAUCAUGAGGGUUGGUUUGAUGGAGCAAAUUAAGCGUGAAAUCUCAAUCAUGCGCCUUGUGAGACACCCCAACAUUGUGCAGCUCUAUGAGGUCAUGGCAAGCAAAACAAAGAUAUAUUUUGCAAUGGAAUACGUGAAAGGUGGUGAGCUUUUUGACAAAGUGUCCCGAGGGAAGAUGAGUGAAGAUGUGGCAAGAAAAUAUUUCCAACAGUUGAUUGAUGCUGUUGGUUAUUGCCACACUAGAGGGGUUUAUCACCGUGACCUCAAACCUGAGAACCUUCUCCUUGAUGAAAAUGGGGACCUCAAAGUUUCAGACUUUGGUUUGAGUGUAUUGGUGGAAACAAGGAACAAUGAUGGCCUUCUUCACACAACUUGUGGUACUCCAGCUUAUGUGGCCCCUGAGGUUAUCAAGAAGAAAGGCUAUGAUGGAGCCAAAGCUGAUAUUUGGUCUUGUGGGGUCAUUCUCUAUGUUCUAUUGGCAGGUUAUCUUCCUUUCAAUGAUAAAAAUCUAAUGGUAAUGUAUAGGAAGAUUUCCCAAGCAGAUUUCAAGUUCCCACAAUGGUUUCGUUCAGAUGUGAAAAGGCUUCUCUAUAGAAUCCUUGAUUCCAAUCCAAGGACAAGAAUUAAUAUGACCAAGAUCAUGCAGAGCAAUUGGUUUAGAAAGGGGUAUGAGCAGAUUGAAGCACCACCCUUAUCCCCUACAAAAAAUGCUGAGAUUAUCUUGGAUGUUCAGGCUGCAUUUGCUUCAUCAAAUUCAGAUGGUGAUAGCUCAACAUUAAAUGAAGAAGAAAGCCCCAUGAAGCCAUAUUGUUUCAAUGCAUUUGAUCUCAUAUCACUCUCUUCAGGACUUGAUCUUUCUGGUCUUUUUGAGAAAGAUAAGAGUGAAAGACAGGAAGCAAGAUUCACUACCAAAAAACCACCUUCAAUGGUAGUGUCAAAACUUGAAGAGAUAGCACAGAUAGAUGGUAGAUUUAAGGUCAUGAAGAAAAAUGGAAUUAUUAGUUUGGAAGGAAGCAAGACAGGGCUAAAAAGCCAACUCAGUAUAGAAGCUGAAAUUUUUGAAGUUACAUGUUCCUUUCAUAUUGUUGAGGUGAGGAAAAUUGCUGGAGACACAGUGGAAUAUAGGAAAGUCUGGGACCAGUACUUCAAGCCUUGUCUAAAUGAAAUAGUUUGGGCUUGGCAAGGAUAUGAGGGGCAACAAUAG